AUGUCGACAAGGUGUACCACAGAUGCUUCGGUCCUCUUCAAUGUAAACAUGAGAGGCGCCGUUGAUCUGGUAGACUGUGAGGAGGCGAAGUGCUCCAACACGAACAUCUGUGGCGACAAUUUGACCGACUGCUCGGCUACAUGCGUGUCGUCGAUCUUCGUCGAUACAGCCAUGCAUGCUCACCCGACCAACGCCACUUUCUGUUCAGAGUUGGCGCAGCCCAUCGCAGAGCGAGGUUGCUCCUGGAAAAGCACACCAAGCGGGGCACCAGUCUUGCGCUGGAGUGUGCAGGUCCUGUUUUCUUUGAUUGUGCUCUGUAUCAUGGCAGAACUUUAA